GCAGCAUGAGUCUGUUGUUGAUUCCCAUCCCUGCAAGAUUGCUUUGUGCAUGUGUAUCUCUUCCUCCAUCUCUUCCUUUCCUAGACCUCGCAGGCAGCUAGGAAAGACAAGUGGGAUUUGUCCCUUUGGCUUCUGGAGAAGGAGACCCUCCCUUUAGAAAGAUCCCUGCAAUUGGACCGCUGCUGCAGCAUCAGGACCAGAAUGAGCUAAAAAGGAUGCAGGAAACUCAGCAUCACCAUCCCUACCGCAUCCCUUGGCUGGCAGGCCUCCUUGUGCCCAAGCUGGGCUUGCUUUCUUUGCCUUGCCAAGCCUUCUCCAGCCUGGGUGGGCAUGGCUGUGUCAGCGGCUGUCUUCCAGCUUAAAUCCAAUCAGGUGGUGAUGCAAGCCGAGGAUGCUCCUGCUUAAACCGGUAGAUAAUCCGCCUCUGGUCAGCAGCUGCUGGGCCAUGAGAAAGGGAUCACUGGGGCUGAGCCGCAUUCUGGACCCAAAGGAGGAGAAGUCCAGAUCUGGCACCUGAAGGAAGGAGAUUUUGCAUGCAAAAAUUGAAUAGAUGGAAAGAAGCCUGAGCCAAAAGAGACCUUCCAAUCCAGGCCCUCAGCUUCUGACUCCAUAGAAGGAGAGCUUUUCCCUUGGACUCGAGCCUGCGGUCUUCACUGUUUGCAAGGUUGUCUGCUUUGUUUGUUUGUGUGUGUAUGUGUGCGUGUGUUAGUGUCGCAUACAGUGUUCAGUGCAUCACUUCCAUCCAGGACACAGAAAGCAAGUGAGGAGAGGUGUGCCAUUGGUUGAGCUGCUCCGCGCAAGAGUCCGAGUGUCCAAGCGUCCAAGUUCAACACACGGUUUUGGGAAGGCCAUCUAGAAAAGCCUGUCUCUGACCCAAGGCCAUCUCUCUUUGAGAGCCAGGAGGUGAAGGAGGCUGUUUUCAGAUGAGGAACCACCCAGAAGGAAGGGACCACCGGGCUUCCUUUCUGCCGAAAUAUUCCUAGGCUCUGCAUCAGUAAGGAUGUGAAAGAUGGCAGACCAUCCUCUAGUUGCUUCAGGUCCUUCUGCAGCAAAGUCUUCUCCUCGCCAGCCGUCUCCUCUGCAGGGAAAUGAAGCUCCUGAUUCCCCAAAAUUAGCCAGCCCCACAGUAGGUUGUAGAAGAGAAGAGGACUGGGAAAGCGAACAUGGAAAUGAACUGAUCUUUGCCUUAGAUGAGGAAGAAGAAGAAGAAGAAGACCUUGAGUCACCAGACAGCUUUUCGCCAUGCGAAGAGGAACUCAGGAAGGAGGAAGACCACCAAACAGAGUCCGCGUUCCAUGUGCCAUCAUCCCCUCUUCCAUCUCCACCCGAAUUGGGGUUUGCGCCUCCUGCUCCCCUUGUUUCCAGCUCCCCCAGUUCCUCACCCCAAAAGUUAGCCCUCCUUGUCAACCCACAAGGACCCAAACCGUUGAUCAACUUGGUCAAGUCUGUUUCCUCGGAAAUCGAGGCUCGUGAUGGCUCUUCUCUCAAGUCCCAGCCAUUGUUGAGUUUGGUCAAGUCCAUUUCCACCGAGAUUUCACGCCUGGAGCCCGAAGUGACGCCAUCAAAAUCCGACUCCAAGCUCAACGUCCAUCGGUGGCGACAGAUCACCCAGCCCAAGGGCAAAAAUGGCGACUCGAGGACAGCACCUUCCUCUCCCAACAUUUCCCCUUCGGAGAGCAAAGGCAGCUUCUUCAAAGCUCAGGAAGCCAAAUUUGAGGACACCAAAAGGCGUUUCUCGGAAGCCAUGCAGGAACCCCUUAGCCGGCUCAGCAAAAUCAUGGGGGAGGAGAACCUGUCGCCAAAACACAAAAUGCACCUUUCUGGCAACCAUGCCCACGACACAUGCAAGGAGACUGCCAUUUUGGAGGCCAAGACGGAGCUCUCCAAUUCUGAGACUGACCAGCAUGGUGCCAUUUUAAGCCAUUCAUGUAGGAAAGGGCAAACGGAAGAUUCUCACCCUGCAGAAAAGAAGUGGGGUCCCUCCUCGAACUGCCGGUAUGAAAUUUGCUCCUAUGGGGAUGUCAUCCAGGUGGUGGAGAUGGGUCGGGACAAGAGCGGAGGUGCCGAGGAAAUCCGGAUGAUUCAGCCUCUGGACGUCCUCCGUCCCCCCAAAUCGUGCAGCUCUGUGCCAAGUAAAGCCCUCGCCUGCAUUGCCAUCUUGGCCUAUAACUACUUUGUCCUGCCUUUGCCCCCUUACAUUUCUGGCCUCUGCCUUGGCUUGGCGUGUGGGUUCAUUUUGGGCUUCCUGAUCAUUCUGCUGCUGGUGCCAAAGCGUCCCCUUUCUCCACGGAAAACGAAGACCCCAGAGGACAAUCUGACGCUGGACCCACUGCAUCAGCAGACAAGGGAACCCAACAUGCUUAAGGGAUGGAUGAACCAAAUGUACUCCUAUGAUCCGGAGAUCUACCACCCGUCUCUCACCCAUUCCGUGUUCGUCACCUUGGAAGACUCCACCAUGAAGUUCUCCUACCCCAAGAAUAACAUCCCUCGACGGGCCACCUUUGAGGAACAAAUAUCCGAGGCAGUUUUUGUGAAUCACCGGCAUUAUGAGAUAAGCGGUGCCAAGGUCUUCCUAGUCCCACCUGGUCUGGCCCGGAAGAGGAUGUGGAACAAGAAAUACCCCAUCUGCAUUCUCUUCCCAGACCAACUUGACCAAAGCAGCAAAGGGAUUGGAGACCAAGACCCAGACCAUCAGAGAGAGAAGAGUACAAAGAAGAGGGUGGCUCCAGGCCAAGAGACCCCUGUGAAGCAUCCGGCCGAAAACCAGGAAAGGACACUUUACCUGUUUGGCCGCACUGGACGGGAUAAGGAGGAAUGGUUCCAGCAUCUCGCCAGGGCUUCCCGGGUAGAGAGUAGUGAGCCCCACAAUGCCAACCUAAGUGAACUCCGGUCAGGUUUAAACCAGCUGAGCCCAUCGGAGAGGGGGACCUACAGUGACAGCAGCAGCCGAGGCAGCACAGAAGACCUCCUCUCUGUGGUCAAGCCCAAAGACCUAGUGGUCAACAUCCGAGAGAAGCUCCUCUUGGAUUACGACACGUACAUGUCCCAAAUCGUCCCUCCGGGGAAUGACUCCAGCCCACCUGAGAGCCCUUGCCUCAGCCCAGCAAGCAGCCCGCCCCCCAAAAAGAUCCAUGGGGAUGCGAACACGGCUGGCGAACCACACACGGCUUGGGUCAACGCGGUGCUCGGGCGGAUGUUUUGGGACUUCCUAAGGGAAAAAUAUUGGGCCGACCAAGUUUCAAACAAGAUCCAGAAGAAACUGGGCAGAAUCAAGCUGCCAUACUUCAUGAAUGAACUCACGCUCACAGAGCUGGAUAUGGGGGCUUCCAUCCCGCACAUACUUAGUGCAUCAAGCCCAACGGUGGAUAAUCGAGGGCUUUGGGUGGACAUGGAAGUGACCUACAGUGGCUCUCUGCAGAUGACCCUGGAGACAAAGAUGAACUUGUACAAACUGGGCAAAGAAGCCGUGGGAGAGGAGAGCGGGAAGACAGACAACGGCAGGGAAGGCAUAAAGCCCCGCUUGGUCCUUCUGGCUGACAGCGAUGCUGAGUCCUCCAGCGCAGGUUCCUCCGAUGAAGAAGAUGCCCCACUUGCCACUGAGCCCUCGGGAAUCCUGGGGGAGAGGAACACCCCUCUUGGGCCUGAAAGCCAUGUUGGGGGCAACAGCACCAGCCGGAAGAUCCUGCGCUUCGUGGACAAGAUCGCCAAGUCCAAAUAUUUCCAGAAGGCCACCGAGAAUGAGUUUAUUAAGAAGAAGAUUGAAGAGGUCUCCAACACACCGUUACUGUUAACUGUGGAGGUCCAAGAACUGACAGGGACAUUGACGGUGAACAUCCCUCCACCUCCGACGGAUCGAGUCUGGUACAGCUUCCAGACCCCACCCCAGCUAGACCUGAAGGUCCGCCCAAAGCUAGGGGAGCGGGAGGUCACCUUCAUUCACGUCACCGAAUGGAUAGAGAAGAAGCUUCAGCAUGAAUUCCAGAAAAUUUUAGUGAUGCCAAACAUGGAUGACCUGAUCUUGCCCCUCAUGCACUCUGGUUUGGACUCCCAGCCGGUCUCAGAGGGACUCCCAAAGGAUUUCCAAGGAGAAGGGGUGAAGAAAUGCUGAGGAGCUGCCCAACAUGUGGCUCAUCCAGCUUGGGACACUUGCUGGAUCCCACCAACAAGGCAAUUGAGCAGUGAAAGAACCUGUGUCCAAGUACCAACCAUCACCUUCACCUCCUUCUGCUGGUCGCUGUUGUACUGUUUCAGCUCCUCGGUGUGUUGACACAAGAUGGGAGAUUUCCCCCCUUUGGCCGUUUCACAGGACGUUUGCAAAGAGGAGACAUCCCAGGUAGAAGAAAGCCAUCCUUUUCUCUCACCAAAAGCAAGAAUUUGCAUAGCAUCUCAGUUCACCUUUUACUGAGAGCAAAACAAGACAAACUCCAAAUUAAGUCUUGUCGUUGGAGUUCUUAUCCAGGUUAUGUUUUGGCAAUCCAUGUUCGGCAUCCGUCACUUAAAUGCCGGGACCAUCAAGUCAAACUGAACCGUGUCUGGCAGAAAUGACAAGAGAAGAAGUCUUCUGUGAUCAGGUAACGCAGAGCGUGGCUGCUCCCAUCCUGGGUCCGUGGGGCAUGGAGAUCAAUACUGGAACUUAAAACCUGAGGUUUCUAAAUAGUUCCUGUCUCUUGCUUGCUACUCUCAGUCCUGAGGCCAGAGAGCUGAAAGUUUAAGUUACACCCUGCAACCAUAAAUAAUAUACUCUGUGGGCCUCCAUGAAACCUCUCCUACUGGGCUUAGCAAAAGGAAGAGAAAGUUUGGAGCCUCUGAGAGUCAAAACUAUGAUAUAGAUAGAUAGAUAGAUAGAUAGAUAGAUAGAUAGAUAGAUAGAUAGA